UCAUUUCCAGCCACAUAGUUCGUAGCCCAGCAGCCGGUGAGCUACAAUCCAAAUCCUUGGCAACUUUCGACAUCAGGAGAAAUGGCAGCUUGUUUCAUUUUGAGCGUGCUCUUGCUGGCCAGUCCGGCGGUAUGGGGCAAGCCCUCAUUUGGACGGGAGCACGUCCACAUUCGCAUCCACCUGCCCGAGAGCAGGGGAGAUCAUGGUGGAGAUCAUCACGGAGGCGGUGGUGGCGGCGGAGGCUAUGAGAUUCACUCCCAUGAUAGUGGGCAUGGAGGCGGUGGUGGCGGCGGAGGCUAUGAGAUUCACUCCCAUGACGGUGGGCAUGGAGGUGGUGGCGGCGGCGGCGGAUAUGAGAUUCACUCCCAUGACGAUGGACAUGACGAUGGACAUGGCGGUGGAGGAGGCCAAGUCAGUACCUAUGCCAUUAUUACCGAGAACCACGGCGGAUCUGGUGGCUACAACUCUGGCGGACACGGAUCCGGAGGAUACAGCUCUGGCGGACACGGCUCCGGAGGAUAUAGUUCCGGAGGCUACAGCUCUGGCGGACACGGCUCCGGAGGAUACAGCGCUGGGGGACAUGGCUCUGGCCACGAUGAUGCUCAGAUUGCCGCCAUCGCAGCUGCCGCUGGCUCUUCCUCUCACGGUUCGUCGGGUGCUGGAGGAUACAGCUCUGGCGGACACAGUUCCGGAGGCUACAGUUCCGGUGGCUACAGCUCCGGACACGAUUCUGGUCAUGCUAUAGCUAAUAUUGCGGCCAUUGCAGCUAGCGCUGAUACCUCCUCCCACGGCUCUUCGGGUGCUGGCGGAUACAGCAGCGGAGGCUACAGCUCGGGAGGCUAUAGCUCGGGGGGAGGCUACAGCUCUGGUGGACACGAUGAUGCCCAUAUUGCAGCCAUUGCAGCUAGCGCGGGCUCUGGCGCUGGAGGAUACAACAGCGGAGACUACAGCUCAGGGGGCUACAGCUCAGGGGGCUACAGUUCCGGCGGACACGGCUCUGGGGGCUACAGUUCCGGCGGAGGAAGCAGCUACGAUAGCCAGGUGGUGACUGCUGCUGUCGUUUCCAGCGGAGGAUAUAGCGGUGGCUCUCAUGGCGGUGCAUCCUCCGGGGGUGGGGACGGUUACAAUUACUCGCCCCCCGCCGUCGGUGGCUGGUCGGGAUCUGCCUCCAACUGGUCGUAGGGGCCGUUUCCUGCAUUGGCCAUCCGGACAUCUAGUCUAUUGCUCAUUCCCACAAGUUCACCCGAUUCCAUUGGACUUUUAACUUAUAAUACUCGUAUGGCUCGUUCGCUCAUCCACAUUCCACAUGUCACAUCUGAAGGAGUAACUACUCCCUCCUCCACUGCAGCUCACCAACGGUGCCGAUGUACAAAAUAAACCAUGUUAGUGUAAUAAUUUAA